AUGGGAAUCAAAGCUGUCGUCGCUGGUGCCUCUGGAGGAAUUGGACAACCAUUGUCCCUCCUCAUGAAGACUUCACCUCUCAUCUCCGAACUCGCUUUAUACGAUGUAGUCAACACACCAGGUGUUGCUGCCGACCUUUCGCACAUCUCUUCGCCAGCGAAAAUCACUGGCUACCUACCAAAAGAUGAUGGAGCAAAACUUGCUUUCAAGGAUGCGGAUAUUAUUGUUAUCCCAGCUGGAAUUCCUCGCAAGCCGGGAAUGACCAGAGACGAUCUCUUCAACAUCAACGCAGGAAUCGUCAAGGGUCUCAUCGAAGUUAUCGCCGAUGUCGCACCAAAAGCUUACAUCCUCAUCAUCUCCAACCCAGUCAACUCCACUGUACCAAUCGCAGCUGAGGUUCUCAAGGCAAAGAAUGUAUUCGACCCAAAACGCCUAUUCGGUGUUACCACCCUCGAUGUCGUCCGUGCCGAGACCUUCGUUGCUGAGAUUACCGGCGAGAAGAACCCACAGAAAUUGACCAUUCCAGUCAUUGGUGGUCACUCUGGAGAGACUAUCGUUCCUCUUUUCAGCCAAGCCAAACCAUCUGUCAGUAUUCCAGACAAUAAAUUGGCAGCUCUGGUCAAGCGUGUUCAAUUCGGUGGUGAUGAGGUUGUUGCGGCUAAGGAUGGAGCUGGAUCUGCUACCCUUUCUAUGGCAUAUGCUGGAUUCCGUUUCGCUGAGGCCGUUCUCAAGGGUCUUUCAGGCGAGAAGGGCAUUGUCACUCCUUCAUUCGUCUACGUUCCAGGUCUACCAGGAGGUGAAGAGAUUGCCAAGGAGACUGGCUGUGACUUCUUCUCCGUUCCAGUUGAGCUCGGCACCACCGGUGUCGAGAAAGUUCAAAACCCACUCACAAACCUCAACGACAACGAAAAGACCCUUCUAAAGGCCUGUGUCGAAGGUCUCAAGGGCAACAUUUCCAAGGGUGUCACAUUCGCCCACAACCCACCACAAAAGUAG